GCAUAACAAGUGAUACGUAGACAACAACUGCAUCGUCGUGCUCUUACAGUCUUUCGUUCUAUUUGCGCCGAGUUGAGCCGGCGCCGACACAAUAGGAACCAAGCACUUUGCCUAACCUUUACUUAAGUAUCUUACUUCGGCGGGGGCCAGCCGGCGAAAAUGGCCACCUUUGUGCUAUUUGAGUCGGCCGUGGGCUAUGGCCUGUUCGAGGUCGCGGAGUUCGACGAGAUUGGCCAGUCUCUCGACAAGGUGCAGGAGGCUGUCAGCGACAUGGCUCGCUUUGGGCGCAUUGUCAAGCUGACUGCCUUCAAGCCUUUCCCUUCGGCCGCGGACUCGCUGGAGCAAAUCAACGCUAUUUCAGAGGCGAACCUCACGGACGAGCUGAAGAAUUUCCUGGAGCAAAACCUGCCGAAGGUUAAGGAGGGCAAGAAGGCCAAGUACAAGCUGGGUGUGUUUGAGCCCAAGCUGGGCUCGAUUAUCCAGGAGACGACCAGCAUCCCCUGCAUCAGCAAUGACAUGGUGGGCGAGGUGCUGCGCGGCAUCCGUGCCAACAUGGCGCGCUUCGUCAGCGUGGCGGAGGCGGACAUGAAGCGGGCGCAGCUGGGUCUGGCGCACUCGUACUCGCGCGCCAAGGUGAAGUUCAACGUCAACAAGGUGGACAACAUGAUCAUCCAGGCCAUUGCGCUGCUGGACACCCUGGACAAGGACGUGAACACAUUUGUGAUGCGCGUGCGCGAGUGGUACAGCUGGCACUUCCCGGAGCUGGUGAAGAUCGUGAACGACAACUACCAGUACGCGCGGCUGGCGCUCGUGGUCAAGGACAAGGGCGGCCUCAGCGAGGAGCACCUGGCCGCCAUGACGGAGAUCACCGGGGACGAGGCCAAGUCCAAGGAGAUCCUGGACGCUGCCCGCUCCUCCAUGGGCCAGGACAUCUCGCCCAUCGACCUGCUGAACAUCGAGGUGUUUGCGCAGCGCGUCAUCAAGCUGGCCGAGUACCGCCAGAAGCUGCACGCCUACCUGCUGGACAAGAUGCACGCCGUGGCGCCCAACCUGUCGGCGCUCAUUGGCGAGACGGUGGGCGCGCGCCUGAUCAGCCACGCCGGCUCGCUGACCAACCUGGCCAAGUACCCCGCCUCCACGGUGCAGAUCCUGGGCGCGGAGAAGGCGCUGUUCAGGGCGCUGAAGACUCGCGGCAACACGCCUAAGUACGGCCUCAUCUUCCACUCGUCCUUCAUCGGCCGCGCCAAGCAGCGCAACAAGGGCCGCAUCUCGCGCUACCUGGCCAACAAGUGCUCCAUCGCCUCGCGCAUCGACUGCUUCAUGGACGGCAACACCAACGUGUUCGGCGAGAAGAUGCGCGAGCAGGUUGAGGAGCGGCUGCGGUUCUAUGAGGAGGGCGUGGCGCCGCGCAAGAACGCCAGCGUGAUGGGCGAGGCCAUGGAGGCGGUCAAGGGGCAGCUCACCGCCGAGGAGGGCGAGGGCAAGAAGCAGAAGGACAAGAAGGACAAGAAGGAGAAGCGGAAGCGCGAUGACGAUGACGACGAUGAGGAGGAGGUGGUGGUGGAGGCCAAGAAGGAGAAGAAGAAGGACAAGAAGGACAAGAAGGGGAAAGCAGCGGAGGAGGAGGCGCCGGCAGAGGGCAAGAAGAAGAAGUCCAAGAAGGACAAGUAGAGCGUGGGCGCCAGGGCGUUGAGGCGGUGGCGGCGGCGGUAGGGGGAGGCGCGCAGUCUCUCCGAACUUUUGUACUCUUUCCUGAUCCAUGACAUAACUGUUGACACGUGAAAGCUGACAGCGGCGCCAGUCCGCAUUGACUUGACCGCACUGCGACCGCACAGGACACACGGACGCAAAGAAGCAGUACCUGACGUUGAUUUGUGUUGCUGAGGUGGUCCGCGGGGGUGAUAGUUUGGGUAGCAGUGGUGGCGCGUGCAAGUCAAUGGAUAGAUAGCUGCGGGGAUACGCAGGGCAGGCUGAGGAGGUCGGUUAUGAUUGAGGUGGACGAGGCGGAUGACAAGGGAGGGCAUAGUAGCUCCGCGAUGAGCUGUUUUGGUGGCUCGAAACAAUCGGGCGCAGGAUGAAUCCGAGGGGCACGAAACCGUGGGCGUGACACAUGAUGCACAGCCCUUUUUAGUUCAGUGGCUGUAAGAUACACAGUCGUUAUUCAUUUCGCUGAUUACCUACCAUGCGCUCCUCUGUGUCAGCAUUACCGCGGCGCACAUGUCCAUCAACGCACUCCCAAGCUUGUUGUAGAGCCUCUCGUGUGCGGGUGUGCGCGAUCCCAGAGCUAUACCUGGCAGCAAAGCUUGCAUUUCUACCGUGGAACGGCUGCGCGGUUCCUGGUUCGGCUUAUUCAACUGGGGUGCAAGGGACCCCUGGAGUCGACUGCCAACAAGUUUACACGCCUGCAGCGGAAGCAGAGAGGCGAGCAGUUGAGCGCCUCAAGGCGCAGGCAUUACAGGUCGCCAGGCCGCCAUCGGAGAGCUCCCUCGCACGAGAGAAAACAGCGACGCGCUCGGCGCCCGAAACGGCAGCCCCCUCAUCACCAGGAGGCUCCGCCCCUGCUGUAACAGAGGCAGCCGCGGCAUCUGGGUCGCCGUCCGAGGCUGACAGUGCGGACACGGCGGUGCCCGGGGAGGGCUUCGUGGACCCACAGGCGGUUCGCAGCUCAUUGGCGGAGGGCCUGCAGGAGCGCAACCGCAUUCUGGUGGAGGCGGCGUGGCAGUCGCUGGAGUGAUGCGGGUGACCUGGCGGCUGCACGGGUGUUGAGGCUAGGGAGGACAUACAUAUAGUGGCGACGGUGUGGGGUGCUGACGGCGAACGCCUAGCAAUCAGUGCGGGAAUGUACGGCAGGGAUAAUGAGGGCGACAGCGAGAGAUCUACCUGCGAAAACAUGUGUGCGGGGUGUGACACAGCUGCAGCAUGCGCCGGAAGGAGUGCGCAUGCCGGCAUGUGGGGAUUGUGGGCACGUACCGGAAAUCUUUGGUGUUGGGACGUGGGGUGGGUCUGCAACAUUGGGUUCCGCAGCAUGGGUCUGGGGUUGCACGUGAGCCCUCUCCAAGACCAGGGUCUGUGGCCGCUGACCGCUGCGGGUGAUGCCACGGAUGGGAUGCGGUAUCCGGAGGCAACGUGUGAAAGGUGAUGGACACUCAACGCAUGACGGCACUGGCUGUUGCCCUUGGCUGAGAGGCAACGCGCACAGUGCGUGCGUGAGAUGUUAUUUCUCUGUUGUGUGGCGCAGUGCGGCGCAACGCACUUGGUCUUGGUCUUGGGUCUGCCGCCGGCAUGGGAUGCAACACCUGGCUAAUUAGGCUCGGCGAGCCGUGCAAACCCCGGAGCACACCG